UUACCUAUAUUUUAAAUAAAACAGACUUUUGAUAUAUUUGUGGUAUAAUUUAUUGUAAUUGUUGAUUAAUUUACACACGAAAACUUUUUAGCACAGGCUUUUUUACCAAGUCAAGGAAAUUUGAAGUACAUUCAAAACCAAGUAUUACAUUUCUGAACAAAUAAGUACGUUUCUUAUGAGCUCCAGUUUCAAACCAGAUGUAUAUUUGGAUUGAAUGAAGGCAUGUGCGUCUCAGAUCGGUGUUUUUUCGGUUUUGUCGUGCUGAUUUUCCUUUUUUUUGUCGAAAAUUGGUCCAUACAUGUCUAUAAAAGCAUUCAAAUUCUGUGCGGCCUUCGACUUGAGUGCGACCGGUAGUUCAUGAAAUAAGAAACAUAACUUGUGUGCAAGAAAGAUUCGAGAAUUAACAUUGCAAAAUGAAAAAAAUAAGGAAAAACUAAAUCUGGCAACUGAUCCUUUGGACGCUCCUCCUUUUUCACUUUUUUCAUUAUUCAUCCAACAGAGGGUUAGUUGAUAAUGCAAAUCAAGUUUUCCCAAGCGAGUUUCUUUUUGGUAAAAUGGGUAAAAAUUGAUUUAUAGAUUCUUUUCAAAUGUCGGUCUCGACAUGAUAGGGAAAAAAGAUGAUUCAAAACAACUGCGUUUGUCUUGUGACGGCUUGUCUCCCGCAGAAAAUUAAGUGUUGAAAUUGAUGAAAAAAAUCUAGUGGACACUUUCAAAACCCAAUAAUUAUGCCUUGGUUUUUAAUAGAAAGCGCAAUUGUUUGGAAUAAAGAAGGUGGGCGCGUUUUCUUGUAACGUUAUCAAAAGAAUUGUUAUCGAACCUACGUCAUAAGCUGACAAAUAUUGUUUCUGGUGUCAGAUUACCCGAAAGAAAGAUCUGUUGAUUAAUUUGGUUCUACAUAACUUGUAAUUUUGUUAUCACUUGGAGUUAUUCCCUUAUAUGGGUUGCCGUAUUUCUUCGUCGAAUAAUGAGAGUUUACCAACAUCAAAUAUCGAAAUGCCGAAACAUACCACUGAUCAACAGCCCUCUGUGGAUUACAAAGCUCGGUUAGAACGUAAACAAUGCUUGGCAAAAGAGACCCCAGAACCAGUGUACGAUUUAUCCGAUUGUAAUCUCAAAGAUGUUCCUUCGGGCGUGUAUAUUAUGUGCAAGGUAUUGCGAAAGGAAUGUCUAUCGAUGUCUCACAACAAGCUGACUUCACUGAAUGGCGGAGGCUCCCUGGAGGAUUUACAACUACUCGUGACGUUGGAUCUAGCCAGUAAUCGUUUCAAAAAACUGCCAGAGGAUAUAUACAAACUGGAAAACCUCAGGGAAUUAAUUGUUUCAAAUAAUUGUCUCGAAAAGCUCCCAACAACAAUCAACCGUCUGCAAAAGAUAGAACUAUUAGAUGUAUCCUCCAACAAUCUGCAAAGUUUAGAGCAGCUAUCAUUUAUGCCCAAUCUUAAAAUUCUCAAUAUCAGCGGAAAUGCUCGUUUGGCAAAACUACCAAACCUGCUGGCAACAUGUGAUAAUCUGGUAGAUAUAGUACUCGAUCCUAACACCAUCUCCGAGCCGCCGGCUGAUGUUAUACAGAGAGGCACCUAUGCAAUCAUCAAGUUUCUAUCGACUGGUGAAAUAUUGGCCCGUCAGCCUGUCACCGCAAUAGAUCAACUAGAUUCGCAUAGUAAAACCAAAAACAAAACAAUCAACUUUAUAAGCGCAGAACGCGAUCAAAAUCGCCAUGCAGAACUUGAGCGCGAAAGGCUCGAGAAAGAAAAGAAAUUACUCGAAAGCGAACGAUUAGCCUACGAAAAAGACUAUCUGGCCGAGAGUAAGUUGCAUGAGCAACAGCAGAAAAAGAAACAAGAACUGUUAAGGCAAUUGUUACAACAACAAAACCAAAACGAGGACAGUGUUAACAGACUUCAGGAGGAAAGACAAACCGAGCGUCAACGUUUAAUCAACGAUAUACUCAAAGAUGAAGAACACUCAAAUGAGUUGGUAAACACAUUGCUUUCGCUGAAGAAUGGUCCAGAUCCUGCAUUCCUCGAACGUGAACAUGAGGAACAAGAGAAAUUACUGGAGCAGCUACGCAUACAACAAAACGAUCUACGCAAGCAGGAAGUUCUAAAGGCUAUGACCGACUUGCUCGAAAACGAGAUAAACGUAAUACAAAACUUUCACAAUCAGCGAGAUCAGUCCUCGCGUAACAUUUUGGAGCAAGAAUAUGAAACCAACAAUCUGCUAAACAACGUGUUUUUGAGUUACGAUCGCAAUCGACAAGACGUGAUCGAUCAAAUUAACAGCGAUGAAAACAUUCAAAAAUCAGCAGUGGCUGCGUUGAUAGCCAAAAACGAUUCCCGUUCAUGGGGAUUGGUUGAACAGGUUCGCAUUGUCGAAUCCCAGCUGGCAGCUUUAACAACGUAUGAAAUCGAACGCAAGAAGACCAAUCAAGAUGACCAAAUAAAUAAUCUAACUGAACAAAGGCUAAAUUUAACGUACGUACUGAUGGAUUUGCUCAAACAACAGGAUCAGAGGAAACAACAGUUGCUGGAAACCCUCAGAAGAAUUGAACACCAAAAAGAAGGUGAACAAACGGACUUCUGGCUAAUGCAGUACCAGAACUUGCUUGAUCGGCAGCCAACCGAAAUUUCCAAUGAAACAGCUUCAAUCGACCCUAUCCUAGGGUAUCAAUUCUUGGAGAAUAAUGUAGUACAUUGUUUGCCAUUCCUUUCGAAGAUCUGGCAAAACAGAGACAAAGAAUUGGCCUCAAUCAACGACCAGGAUCUUAUUGAGGCAGGUGUCCAAAACUCUGCUGACCGUGAAGCAAUAUUGAUUUCGAUCAGCAACUACUACGACUAUUUGAAUCGUAGGAUCGAGUAUCCGGAAGGGGAAUCUAGCCCUUCGGAACAAACCCCAACAGCGCCACCCAAUGAAGAAGAUCAAGAGAGACCAGGCCCAAGCUCGCCCACAGAAGAUCAACUAUCAACAACCUACAAUGGUGCCGUUCAAUUUUCUGAAUGCGUAGUGUGCUUGGAAGAAAUGGUGCAAGUUAUAUUUUUACCAUGCGGGCACAUGUGUUGCUGUGCAGGAUGCCAUAUCGAUAUUCGUGAUUGCCCUAUGUGUAGGGCUUAUAUCGAGAGAAAGAUCAAAGUUAUUCAACCUUAGGUGGGGUUGAUAGAUUUUCCCGUUUUCAAAUUAUAGUUGCGAAACAUCGAAAAUACUAGUCAAAUUAAUCAGAAAGCAAUCAUUUCACUAUUAGUUAUCCCAAAUAUUAGAAUAGGUUUGUAAAACACUAUUCGAUGGUUUUCAAAAGCCCUUUAAAACAAUUUCAUCAUUAUUCAAGUUUAUAGGAAUAUAUAAAUAUUCGGAAGCACGGAGAAUAUCGAAUUUAUACAUUCUACUGAUUAUAAAAGUUAAUCAUUCCCAGUGUGAGUCAUUGUUUGGUAAUUCUAUCAAUAAUUAAUAUUUUUCAAUAUUUUAUCUAAUAGAUAAUGGAAUACCAAAUUGGGUAGCAAGUGUUUAUCAACAUCACUUAAUAAGAUCCUCACAUCAAUUUUAAAGGAACUAUCAAUAUAUCAGCUUAUUUUUCAAUUAUAACAAUUCUAACAUCCCGUUUUAGAAACUUCGUAACUAUACAUUUAUAUAAAAUAAGUUAUAACAUACCUAAUUGAAAUAAGACCAACACAUUUUCACUAAAUAAAUUAGAUAUUCAAAUGAGAAAAAAAACUGCAACUCACGCAUUGCAAACGCUCAUGAAAGACAAAGCGAAUGAAUUUAAGAUAUAAUAUACAUCUAUAUUAUACAAGUUAUAUUAUAAUAGUGCCUUUUAAAAGGGAAUAUGUGUCAUUGAAAUAACGACAUUUACGAAGACAUGCGCAAUAAACGAUAUGUUAAACUUUGAUACAGUAAGGCAACGGAUAUUUGUAGUUGUGGCGGUAGGAUCAGCUUAAAAAAAAGAAAACAGAAGAAACACAGCGACAAGAUCCAAGAUCUAACGUUAUCGUUGAUAUCAUAAAAACAUUAACAAAUUACUCCACGCGACGUUUUCAAUGCUUCAUGUGUGGUUUUGUGCCCUUCGGGAUCCAGUGAAACAAAUAAAUUGCCAAUGAAUUAACACAAAUUACUAUUUAAUGAAAUCUAUGAGGAACCAAUCAGCUUGCUAUACAUUACAAACAGCACAGUUUUAUUAAGUUGUGUUUCAACAAUAAUAUACUUUAUCUACCAAUUUGAAAUAAAGCAUAUUUUUAAAACUUUAAA